AUGACCACCUCCUCCCCUCUCACUCUCCCAACCGCUGGGGUUGGUGGCGCGUACUACGACAAGGUCUUUCAGGUUCCGGUUUACCCAAACUCCCCCAGCGACCUGGCGACCUGGCGUGUGAUUGACACCUGGAACAACAUCAGCGUCAGCUAUGCCACGACUCAAGGAAUCGCCACUGGUCUUGUCUGGGCCACGCUGACCUACCUGCUCGCCCUGACUCCGGACAGCAAGAGAACCACUCCAUUUCACAGCUUCAUGCUCGUGGGCCUGGUCUUCCUGCUCAUCCACAUGAUGAUUGACGUUGUGUCGAACCUUACCCCAGGCCUUCAAACCGUCUCGGCUUACACUGCCGUCACAUUCGACCUCGCCAAUAGCAUCUGGACCACAAAGUUCGUCGCCACUUUUGCCGCCAGUCAAGUCACAGCAUGGUUCGCUUUUGCCUUCGCCGUCAUCUGCCUCUGGGUCCAAGCCAAGGGGCUGAUGACCGGGCUCAGAGUUCGCCGCCCUGGUGUCUACAAGAUCGUCAUGACUUACCUUGUCCUCACCUCCAUAGCUGGGCUGGCCGCCGCAAUGGCAUUCAGCAUCCACCAAAUCACGGUUCUCGGCCAGCCAGCAACCGACGAUGAACACUCCAUCGACGUAGCAUACACCGCUCGAGUGGCGUACCUGUCCUCCGUUGCCAUCUGCAUCGGAAGUUACAGCUUCGUCUCAAUGCUCGCUGUGGUGGACAUCGUGUGGAAGCGUCGCACGGCCAUAUCGGGAGGCGGUCCAUACGCGUCGGCGUUGAACCUCGUCGCCCUGCUCUGCGCUCAGUCCUUCGUCAUCCCAUUCAUCUUCUGCGUCCUGCAGUUGCUACCUCUCCAGAGCGGGAUGAUGCAUCCUGAGAUCAUGCUGCUGCCCGCGGUCUACCUGAUCCUACCUCUCGGCUCGCUCUUCAUGACGGUUAAUUCGAACUCCAACCCCCACGCGGGUGAUGCCCAGUCUCCCUGGACGCCGGCUUUUCCACCCAGCAACUGCAGAGCGUCGGCCCAAGAUGCCUACGCUGACAGCGACAUGACCCUGACCCACCUGACUGCGCAUCCAGGCCCUCGCCCUACCUCGCAGGUGCAUGGCGGUGCUCAUAUCGAUCGUGAGCUCAGCACCAUCGACGCCAUGGAAUGUGGUGUGGGUGCGCGAGGCCGACGAAAGACCGACGCUGAGGCCGAGACAAUGUUGCUGAACAAGGAUAGUCAAGAGAAGGAGGUUGUGGUUCGUCCGAGAGUGGCGACCUAA